AUGAAGAUGAUGACUUCGCGUUUGUCAGCAGGCUGUCUCGCCAGUAGUAUCCUUUCUGGGGAGGAGGGUGAAGGCGAAGAAGAUGAUGACGAUGAACUCAUGGACGAAGAUGGUCGCAUACCACAGGAGGGCGAUCCGGACUUUGUCGAAACGACCUGCCGGUGGGGCACUUGUCAAUGCCAAUUCGAUUCUCAGGACGAACUUGUCAAGCAUAUCAGCAACGAACAUAUUGCGGGUAACAAGAAGAGUUUCGUCUGCUUCUGGCGUGAGUGCGUCCGCGGCGCCCGGCCCUUCAAAGCCCAGUAUAUGCUGGUGGUGCAUAUGCGUCGACACACUGGCGAGAAACCGCACAAAUGCAUUGUGAGUUCCGUCCAUCAGUCCUACCGCCGUUUUAUUUAUUGCCGUCUUUUUUGCAGAGUUUAUGUGUAA